AUGAUCAACCCGCGUGUUUUUGAGUCCCUCAAGGCCAAGGCCGAGCAGGACCUCGCCGUCCGCGCCCAGCUGGACGCCCUCAUCGAGGACCUCGAGCGCAACGUCGCCUAUGCACAGGGCGUCCUGUCGCGCGUUCAUUCCACACCGCGCGCCCGCUAUCCGGCCGCUCUGCUGCCGGCCGUCGACGCCGCCGUCGCCGACGAGGUCGCCACGGUGCGCGCCCUCGGCGACGUGGCCUCCGCCCACCCCUACUACAAGUUUAACCAGCGCUGGACGCGCCACCUGCAGGAUGCCAUCUUCACCGUGCUGCUGGCGGCGUGGCUCGGCGGCGUGGCCGCCCUCGACAACGAGAGCACCAAGCCGGCCGUCGGCCGCCUGCUGACGCUCGAGGAGGUCGGCGCCGUCUUUGGCGUUCCCGUCGAGAUCGACCACGACGCGUUCCACAUUGCCUUGGAGGAGUACUUGUCCGCGCUGACCGCGCUGACCGACGAGCUCGGCCGCCUGGCCAUGAACGCCGUGACGCUCGGCGACGGCGAGCUGGCCGUGCGCAUCAGCCGUUUUGUCAAGGACCUGCACGCCGGCUUCCAGCUGCUGAACCUCAAGAAUGACUUUUUGCGCAAAAAGGUCGACGGCGUCAAGUACGCCGUUAAGAAGGUCGAGGGUGUCAUCUACGACCUGGCCCUGCGUGGCCUGCUGCCGGCGGCGGACACGGCGGCCGAGACGAAGGACGAGGAGAGUGCCAGCAAGAGCGCGGCAGCGGCUUCUGACGCUGGCCCGGCUGACAGCAAGAUGAGCGAGCCAUAA